UCUUACUGGCUGUGAAUUUAUUCACUUCUGAAUGGAGGCUAAAUUCGUCAUCUUCACCUUUUCACGUUCCUCACAUUCAUGGUUCAAGAAAUGGCGGACUCAAGUAAAAAGGGAAAAAAGAAGAAAGGAAAGACACUGAAUCUCAAUGAGUUUCUUUCCUCUGGUGAUGGUAAACAAGCAGCAACAUUUGCAAAGAAAAAAGCUGUUGACAUUGAGGAAGAUGACCAGCAUGCUGCAUAUGACAGUGAAGAAGAAAUAAAGAAGGAAGUUUUUGAUUUAAGUGCACUUCCAACUGCACCUCGUGCAUCAAGAAGCGCAAUUGACCCAAAGAGUCUGCCGUCUGGGCCACCAUACACCGCAUUUCUUGGAAACCUCUCAUAUGAUGUUGAAGAAGAUGACAUAAUAGAGUUCUUUGGAAAUCUCAAGUUGGACAAAGUUCGUCUCCCUAGGGAGGGUGAUCGUUUGCGAGGUUUUGGAUAUGCAGAAUUCGUAGACGUUGAUUCGCUUGUAAAAGCUAUUGAACUCAACAAUGAGGCACUAAAAGGCCGUAGGAUUCGUGUUGAUAUUGCAGAAAGUGGAGGCUCUUCUGAGGGAAGAGAAGACAGUCGAGAAGACAGGUCUACAGACUGGAGAAGAAAGGACCCUGGGGAUUUUGAAAGGCGGCCAUUUGAAAGGUCAAGAGAUGGUGGGAGAAUGGAUCGUGGCGAUGGCGACAGCCCUUGGCGUAGUUCUGAGGCAGAUGAUGCUUCAACUUGGAGAAGAGGCGAGUCUUUCGAGUCUUCGAGGGCAGAGCCGAGACGGUACGAGUCGAGAGGGCAAAGUGAUCGCUCGUGGGGCGAUUCAGCUGCCGAUAGUGAAUCUACUUGGAGGAGGGGAUCCCCUAAUCGAUCAGAUGAACGUGCGAGAUUUGGUAACCGCGAUGGCGAUAGAGGAGGUCGUGUAGGAGACAGAGGAGGUUUUGAUGGGGAGGCAGACACAGCCUCGAGUUGGAGGAGUGAGCCUUCUUCUUACAGGGGUAGGGAAACAACAGGUCAAGAUAGCAGACCUCAGCUUGCUGAUGAGAAUCCCUGGCGGAGACCGAGUAGUGACAGAACUGAGCCACAGCAGCAACCAGCUCAAGAAGCUCAGAGAGAGCGCCCAAAACUCAACUUGAAACCAAGGACAGUUGUCGAUGCAAGCAAAGAAGGAUCAACCUCGACCUCUUCUAUUUUCGGAGGGGCUAGGCCAGUUGACACUGCUACAAGAGAGAGGGAAAUAGAGAAGAAAAUUUUACACUCAGAAGACACAGAUGCAACCAAAACUACGCAAAAUGGUUCAGUAGGGUCCGAAGAACCACAUUCAGAUCCCAGUGUUUCGGAUCGAAAACCAAGCCCCCAAGCCAAGGACGUUCAACGGCAAGGUAGAGUUGAUGAUGCUCCUGCACGUAACAAGGAAGGAGCAUGGCGAUCACUUGGACAGGAAGGUAGUGUAGGUCGCAUUGAAAGUUCGGAAAACAAAGAAAAUAGAAAUGAUGUUGACAAAAAAGGAGACGAACCACAGCUGCCUCAUUAUGAAGAGGCAAAAGCUCCUGUUUUCGUCCAGAAGAGUAUCUACUCAGUUCUUGCAGAUGAAGAAGGCUCGAAUGAAGAAGACUAAAGGAAUUAGAUACGAUGAUAAACCAGUGAUAAAGCGAGGCAACCCAACUUUGCGGCUAACAGUCGUCCAUGAUGUAUCAUUCUGACAAGACUGGCAUCAAUUGGACACUUAUUCUCAAUUUUUUCAAGAAACGCUGUUAUUAUAUUUUAAAAGGUUUCACAACAGUCUCAAUACUUUCGAAAAGCUUCUAAUAAAAGCACGAAUUUAAGCAUUUUCUUGUGAAUCAGGCUUACCCUUAUAAUUGUAUCACUCCCCACAAACUAAACGUUUUCAUAUUUGAAAUUCACUAACGAUUAAAAUAUAUAUACCAUCUUCGUGGCCUACUUUUUCCAAUGAGGAAUAAUGGACGUUUCAUUUUAGGAAUCAUUUCAAUGACAGAAGUUGCGUUUUAAUGACUUUCUGCUUCGAAAUUAAUUGUGUGUUUUCAAGCUCAAAUCCGUUAUUUUAUUCCUCCAUGUAUACUUUGUCGAAUCGCUGCAGUAAACUUGAACUUUAUUUGCUGUAGCGUUACUGUGUUUUCGUUGGUUCUCAGUUGGUUUGUUGGAAAAACCGUAAGUAGGGAAUUCCGUCAUCACAGCAUUUGUUUUGUAACGGUUUUCAAAUGAGAUUUGCUGCAAGGUAGGAUGAUUCGGUAAAGAUCUAGGGCUUUUGUUUUGCCCAAGCGAAUAACCAUCCUACAAAGUGUUUUGUUAUCUAAAUGCCAUGGGUAAAAAUCGCACAGAAAACAGAGUUAUCACAUACUUGGGUAUCUCACCGACAGUCCUCAGUUUACGGCCAAUGGAAAAAAAUCAUACUUUUUUUAUCAUCCAACGUUUUAUAAUCUAAGUAUUGUCGGUAACAAAGUACUCAAGUGUUCUAUGAUUUUGUUUUUCCUUUCGAUUAUGAAAUUUUUCAAAAGGCUUUUUAGCAUUUGCUAGACAUGCUCUUCUGGGCAGUAAGGAAAAAGUAGCUGAUGAUGGAUGUUUUGGUAGGAAUUUGUCGUACGUUUGUGAUAUCAUCAAUGAAUUAAUUCCUUGUUUCCA